GCAUUGUCAGUUUAGGUCAUCCUCAGUGUGGUCAUCGUAGAAUCGCAAUUUCCCCUGGCACUGAUUUGAGCUUCAUCUGAUCCAACUAUAACGUAUAACUCAAACCGCCCACAACCAUCAGCACUUGCAUGGCACAGAUAGAGUGUUUUUAACAAUCUCUCUUUAGCUACUACCUUACUUGUCUUUCACUGCAAACUACAAUCCACUUCACUGCCAUGUCGCGUCUUGGUCCUGAGCCGAGAAUAAAUAGCAAGCAUCUUUCGCAACACCGUGGAGAGAUCGUCAGACUGAUCGCCAAGGUGGCGACGUUGUCCGGGGAUACAGCAACCCUUGAGACAAGCGAUGGUGGUACUAUAGGGAUUCAUCUACCUCGAGACAUGCACAUUGCCGAUCAAUACGUUGAGAUCAUCGGGACAGUCAAAGAAGAUCUGACAAUCAGGGCCCAUACGCAUAUCGGUUUAGGCAAUAAUUUAGAUUUGAAAGCGGUCAACAAUGUCAUUGAAUUUUCACAUUCACCUAUCGGCCAAGGUGUCCUCAAUUAGAUUGCUGAACCGAGGAUGUACAUGUAUCAAGGAUUCAAGCUAUGCUCUAUCGCUUGUUAUCCUUCUCUGAUAGCCUUAUUAUACGCGGACCUAGCCAUACGUGAUAUGCAACUGUUGUGCUUACUCGUGGA